CACCUCACCUCUCACCACCUACUUCCAUCACACAUCGCCAUGUCCAUGCUCGACGACUUUGUCGAGCAUGCGGCUGGCCCCGGGCGAGGAGCCGCGCCCCGGCCCAGCGCGCUAGCCCGGGUCGAGUACGAGGGCUUCGAGCAUGACGACCACACGGCCGACGACGUGUCGCCGCUCGUGCGAGCUCUUGAAACAGGCUUCGUACCCACCGCACGUGCAAGCGCUUCUCUCCCGCCCCUCUUCUCCCUCAGCACUGUGCAGUACACGCCGCCCGCCAAUAUCCUGUUCCUCACAGCUGCGAACAAUGUGCUCUUCUUCGCAACCCACCCCCUCUCUGUUGUGAUCAUUGAUCUCAAUGCGCCAGACGAGUUGGUUACGAUUGACUUGCCACGGCCAACAGACAAGGGACCGCGCGAUGUGUCGAUCAAGGCGCUCUUCGCCGACCCCACAGCCCGGCAUCUCAUCAUCACCACGUCUACAGGCGACGCAUUUUACCUCCCCGUCGCCGGGAUUAGCAGUCAACAGAACCGGCGGCCCCGCGCUCUUCGUCUCCGCCAGACUGUCACUGCCGUCGCGUGGUCCCCCAUUCCAUCCGAGAGCACCGAUCCCAACUCCCCGCCCCCGACUGACGUGCUGCUCGGCUGCGUGAACGGCGCCAUUCUGUCCCUCCCCCUCCCGCCAUCCGAUGAUAUCUUCAAGGUUCAGCUGCCCAUGGGCAAGCAGCUCGAGCGCGACCUCCAAGUUGUGUAUCACGUUGAGGGUGGUGAGACGGUCACGGGCCUCGCAUUCGGCUUCUGGAAAGCGAAGAAGGAGCGCAAGGCUUGGGUCGUGUUCACCACGAAGGACAGAGUCUUCGAAGUGCAGGCACCCGUGACCACGACAUAUGCUGGGGGCAAGAACGGGGGGUGGGCCGAGGAGGUCUUCCGAACGGUUCGCGACGGCGUGCCCAAAUUCCACGAGAUGCCCGGUGACCCACCCAAUUCCGAACUGCACACAUUCAUCCCCUCCGUUGAGGGACAGGUCGCUGCCGACCUCCCAGCACCCACUGCCAUUGCGUGGCUGACCGGUGCUGGUCUGUAUCACGCACGCUUGUCUCCCGUAGCAUCCCCGGAAAUCCUCGUCCAAUCCUCCCUCCUCCCAUACCCGCCUGCCCCCGGUGUCGACGCACCGCCACCCACCGCGUUCCGACGCAACGCUCCCCCACCCGCAGAAGAAGCUGCGCCAGUUCCCAUCUCAACUGCGGUGACGCAAUGGCACUGGCUGUGUCUCUAUCCUGACCGCAUCGUUGCCGUCUCGCGGCUCAGCGAGAAGGUCGUGUGGGAUGAGCCUUUACCGCGGAGCCCUGGACAGAAGGCGCUCGGUCUCUCCUCCGACCCCGUGUCGCGCACGUUCUGGGUGGCGACCACGCAGUCGAUUAUUGAGGUUGUGCUGCAGAAGGAGGAGCGCGAUGUGUGGCGCGCCAAGCUCGAGCAGAACUCGUUUGCCUCAGCGCUCGAGUACGCCGCUACGCCCGCACAGCGCGACAUCGUGCUUUCAAAGCAGGGUGACGCGCUCUUCGCCGAGGGCAAGUACAUUCUCGCCGCGCGGGCAUACGCCGAGUCAACGCGCAGCUUUGAGUUCGUGACCUUGCGCUUCGUCGACGCGGAUGAGCGUGACGCUCUUCGCGCAUACCUUAUCGGACGGCUUGACAAACUCGACAAGAAGGACCUCACUCAGCGCAUGAUGAUUGCCACGUGGUUGCUCGAGAACUACCUCAGCAAGUGCAACACCCUGGAAGACCUGAUUGCUGCGGAGUCAGCAACAAGCGACGUCGAGACGCUGCAUGUUGAGCGCGACAUGGUCGAGGAUGACCUCAAGACGUUUAUCAAGGACUACCGUGCCAAUCUUGACCCCCGCGUCGUUUACGAGCUCAUUCUUGCGCACGGUCGCAUGGACCUGUACCUUUACUACGCCGAGCAGAACAAGGACCACGACCGCGUCGUCGAGCACUGGAUCCAGGAGGAGAACUGGACCAAGGCCAUCGACGUGCUCAGCCGUCAAGACUCGCUAGACUUGUACUACCGCUUUGCGUCGAUCCUCAUGCGCAACGUGCCCAAGCAGACAGUCGAGGCAUGGGAGCGACAGUCGGCGCUCGAGCCACGCCGUCUCAUUCCCGCUCUCCUCCAGCAGCGCUCCGAGCCACUCGCCACAAACCAGGCUGUGAGAUAUCUAGAGCACGUUGUGUUCCGGCAGGCCUCUACCGAUUCCACCAUCUACAACCUCCUGCUUACGCUGUAUGCGAGCGCGAAGGAUGUCGAUGACGCCCCGCUUCUCCGCUUCCUCAACUCGUGUCCUGACGACCCCAUCACCGAGCGGCCAUACUACGACCUCGACUACGCUCUCCGAUUGUGCAAGGCGCAUGGCCGCAUCCAGCCGUGCGUCCACAUCUACAGCCGCAUGGGUCUAUACGAGCAGAGUGUGGCCCUUGCGCUGGAGAAAGGUGACCUUGAGUUGGCCAAGAUCAACGCCGACAAGCCGGAAGACGACGAGGCGCUGCGCAAGAAGUUGUGGCUCAAGAUUGCCAAGUAUGUUGUCCAAGAGAAGGGCGACAUCAAGAGCGCGAUGAAGUUCCUCGAGAGCACCGACCUCGUCAAGAUUGAGGACAUCCUGCCCUUCUUCCCCGACUUUGUUGUCAUCGACGACUUCAAGACCGAGAUCUGCAGCGCACUUGAGGACUACUCGGCUCGCAUUGAGGAGCUCAAGGCCGAGAUGGCCGAGGCGACGCGCUCCGCUGAGAGUAUUAAGCGCGACAUCUCUGCGUUGAGCACGCGCUUUGUCGCAGUCGAGAUGAGCGACAAGUGCUGGCGCUGCGGGCAGGGCAUCACAAGCCGCCAAUUCUACGUCUUCCCAUGCCAGCACGCCUUCCACGCUGACUGCCUUAUCUCCAUGGCAAUGGAAUACCUCCCCUCCCCUUCGCUGCGGCGCAUCCUGCACUUACAGGACGAGCUCGUCCGCUCCGACGCGCCCGGCCACAAGCUCCUUUCCGCGCAGUUCAGCGGCCCCAACACACCGCGCAGACAGGAGUCCAUAUCGGCGGCCGACUUCCUUCUUGCGCCCGGACGCCGCGUGCUCGCUGCCGGCGACCGGUUGCGCGAGCUCAUCGUGCCGGACGCGCUGGCGCAGGCGGUGGUAGGCGGUAAGAAGAGGCGCAGCGCGCAGGACGAGGGGCGGCUGGAGGCUGCGCGUGCCGAGCUUGACGCGCUCGUCGCGGCUGUGUGCCCGCUGUGCGAGGGUGCAGUGGCAGCCAUCGACAGGCCGUUUGUCCGCGACGGCGAGGACGCGGGCGACUGGGCCGUCUAGUGUUGUACUAUAGAUCUAGAGAUGCUGCAUACUGAGUAAGGCAAAUGUCC